ACUAAACGCAACAACUAGUUCGAAUUUCGAAUUUUUAAAUCUUUUCUUACAUGCCAGUGUCUUCUCAGCUUUGGCUUAGUGUUUUUCGCCAAGAUGGCGGAUUAGAAUCGUUUUUAAGGUUUUUAAAAUGUUUGUGAGGACCUAGUUACCUCGCCAAGUGAGUGCAAGGACACAGAUCAAUAAUGUCGGACUGAUUUCGUGAGGUACUACGCUGGUCGCUUUCGGAGAUUGCUGUUCAUGUCAGAAAAAGAAGAGGAGUAGGCUUGCGUCGGUCGAAGACAUGACGACGGAGUCCGCGUCGCCAAACCAGGCGGAUGCCAGCACGGCGUUUCUACGCGCCGCGCGCGCAGGCCAAAUCGAGAAGAUCAUCAGCCUCCUCGAACAAGGAGUCGACAUCAACGUUAGCAAUGCUAAUGGUUUAAACGCAAUACACCUGGCCUCGAAAGAUGGUCACGUGGAAGUGGUCCGGGAGCUCCUGGACCGAGGGGCAGCCAUUGAUGCCGCCACCAAGAAGGGCAACACUGCCCUCCAUAUCGCGUCGUUAGCUGGACAAGAAGCCGUUGUCAAGCUGCUCGUGCAGAAUGGCGCUCAGGUCAACAUCCAGUCCCAGAAUGGAUUCACGCCUCUGUACAUGGCGGCGCAGGAGAACCACGAUGCCGUGGUCAAGUUCCUGCUCGCCAACGGAGCCAACCAGAGCCUCGCCACUGAGGAUGGCUUCACCCCACUCGCGGUGGCGAUGCAACAAGGCCAUGAGAAGGUGGUGGCGGUGCUACUAGAAGCAGACACGCGAGGGCGCGUUCGUCUGCCCGCGCUGCACAUCGCUGCCAAGAAGGAUGACGUCAAGGCGGCUAACCUUCUUCUAGAGAACGAACACAACCCAGAUGUGACCUCAAAGUCGGGGUUCACCCCUCUUCACAUCGCGGCGCACUAUGGCAACGAAUCUGUGGCUCGGCUGUUGCUAGCCAAGGGUGCUGAUGUCAACUGCGCAGCCAAGCACAACAUAUGCCCUCUCCAUGUUGCUGCCAAGUGGGGUAAAGACAACAUGGUGGCCCUUCUCGGCGACAACGGCGCUAACGUCGAAGCACGCACCAGGGAUGGACUGACCCCCCUGCACUGUGCGGCCAGGUCAGGCCACGAGAGAGUGGUGGAGGCUUUACUGGACAGGGGAGCACCUAUCACUAGCAAGAGCAAGAAUGGUCUAGCUCCUCUCCACAUGGCAGCCCAGGGCGACCACGCUGAAGCAGCCCGGGUGCUUCUGUCCCGGCGAGCACCCGUCGAUGACGUCACUGUGGAUUACCUGACGGCGCUCCAUGUGGCAGCCCACUGCGGGCAUGCUAAAGUCGCCAAGCUACUUUUAGAUCGCAAUGCUGAUGCAAACGCACGCGCUUUGAACGGAUUUACUCCUCUACACAUCGCUUGCAAGAAGAAUCGAAUUAAAGUUGUGGAACUGCUAUUGAAGUAUGGAGCCAGUAUCCAAGCAACAACCGAGUCAGGGCUGACCCCGCUCCACGUGGCAGCGUUCAUGGGCUGCAUGAACAUCGUGAUCUACCUGCUGCAGCAUGAGGCCAACCCUGACGUGCCCACAGUCAGGGGGGAGACGCCUCUGCAUCUAGCAGCCAGGGCUAACCAGACGGACAUAAUCCGCAUCCUUCUCCGCAACGGGGCAGCAGUUGAAGCCAAAGCCCGCGAGCGUCAGACACCGUUGCACAUCGCGUCACGACUCGGCAACGUCGACAUUGCCGUGUUAUUGCUGCAACAUGGCGCCGACGUGAGGGCAAUGACGGCUGAUCACUACAACGCGCUACACAUCGCUGCGAAGCAACAUAAUCAUGAUGUCGCUGCAGCACUGAUCGAGCACAAUGCUCCUCUGACUGCAACUACCAAGAAAGGAUUCACAGCUCUACAUCUUGCUGCGAAAUACGGGAACUUGAAGGUAGCAAAUCUCCUGCUGGCGCACGGGGCUUCCCCGGACCAAGCGGGGAAGAACGGCAUGACCCCACUGCAUGUGGCUGCUCAGUAUGACCAGCAGGCUGUCGCCACCACUCUGUUGGAGAAGGGUGCUGAUGCUAAGGCCGUAGCUAAGAAUGGCCACACUCCGCUCCACAUCGCCGCUCGCAAAAACCAGAUGGAGACGGCAGCCACCUUGCUGGAGUACGGAGCUCUGACCAACGCGGAGUCCAAGGCUGGGUUCACGCCUCUUCAUUUAGCAGCCCAACAGGGCCACACAGAAAUGUGCUCGCUACUGCUAGAGCACGAAGCACAAGUAGACCAGCAGGCCAAGAACGGGCUUGCAGCUCUGCACUUAGCUGCUCAGGAAGACAGGGUGCCGGUCGCUCAGCUGAUGGUCAAGAAUGGAGCUGAAGUGGACAUCUGCACCAAGGGUGGCUACACACCGUUGCACAUCGCCAGCCACUACGGGCAGGCUAACAUGGUGCGGUUCUUACUCGAAAAUGGUGCUUCAGUUAAGGCUCAGACUACACAUGGGUACACCGCGCUUCAUCACGCUGCCCAGCAAGGGCACAUCAAUAUUGUCAACAUUCUGCUGGAGCAUAAGGCAGACGCAAAUGCAACGACUACGAACGGCCAGACGCCUCUAGAUAUAGCGUCCAAGCUAGGCUACGUCACAGUCAUGGAGACCCUCAAGGAGGUGUCCGAGCCCUCCACAGCCCAGGCCUCCCAGGAGAAGUACAAGGUCGUGGCCCCGGAGACCAUGCUGGAAACCUUCAUGUCGGAUUCUGAAGAAGAAGGUGGAGAAGACACCAUCCUCAACGACCAGCCGUACCGCUACCUAACUGCUGACGACAUGAAGUCUUUGGGAGACGACUCUCUGCCCAUCGACGUCACUAAGGACGAGAGAACUGAAUCCGCCAUGAGCCAUAAGAACAUCAUGGAGAUGUCUCAAGGGUCCGUGAACGGGAUGCCGUACCAGCCGCAGCAGGAGGUGGUGGUGAAGAGCAUCAGCCGGUACAGCACUGCGCAGGCGCCGGAAGGCUACUGCUACAACGUGGAUCCUACGCAGCCCAAAAAAAAGCUGCAAUGGAAGAACUUCCUGGUAUCGUUUCUGGUGGACGCCCGAGGAGGGGCACUGCGGGGUUGCCGCGGGGGAGGGGUUAGAGUUAUUGUACCCCCCUUAUCUGCUCAGCAGCCUACUAGGAUCACUUGCAGAUACCUCAAGCCGUCCAGGAUCAACCACAUGCCUCCCCUGAUGGAGGGAGAGGCCCUGGCAGCAAGGGUUCUGGAGAUGGGACCAGUUUCUGCUAAGUUCUUGGGGCCUGUGAUACUCGAGGUGCCCCACUACGCGUCCCUCCGAGGGAAAGAGAGGGAGAUAGUGAUCCUCCGCUCCGACAACGGCACGAGCUGGCGCGAACACAACGCCGACGCCACUGAUGACGUGGUUCAAGAUAUACUGCAUGAGACUUUGGAAAUUGAAGAAACCAAUGAAGAGGAGAAAGGCUGGGACGCGCCGCGCGUGACCCGCAUCCUGACGCACGACUUCCCGCAGUACUUCGCGGUCAUAUCCCGGAUCCGGCAGGAGGUGCACGCUAUCGGGCCUGAAGGUGGCAUGGUAUCCAGUUCCGUGGUUCCCCAAGUGCAAGCGGUGUUCCCUCAGGGCGCCCUCACCAAGAAGAUCAAAGUCGGCCUCCAGGUAAACCUCUUCAAGCCUCGUAAGGGCGUCAAGGACAAAAACCUCAAAAAGAUCACGGUCAAUAACGUUUCUAAGAAAAAACGCUUCUCCCUCAUUUGGUAGGGUCAAAACAGAAACCAAGAGUUUAAAAACAGCUUUAAAAUUGUAUACUGCGCUAUGUUUGGUAUUAAUGAAUGUGUAAUGUGACGUUGUGGAAGGAUAGUUACUCUUUCAUCUGAUGCUUCAUAGUCAACAAUUAGAGCUACAUCGCAGUCGCCUUCAAGUGUAGUUUAUUCCCUUCUGAAAUCUAUAUUUAUACCUUUUAGUGUUAAAGAAACUGUGGAUUUUGUAAGUCUUUCAAUUCCACAUUCUAUUGCCUUCACAAUUUUAAAGAACAUCGAAAUAGGUUCUGAAUAGAUUAAGUAUUUUUCUAGUCACUCGUAGUUACCAUUCUGAGUAUUAUUCAUUGAAUGUAAUGUGCCAUAACAUCAACUAAAACGUCUUUUGGUAAAGUUAUACUAUUGAAAUACGAAUUUGUUUUUAUACUAUAAUCACCAUAAUAAAUAUUAGUAAUCAACACUAUCUUAAAAAGUUACAAUAUUAUUGUAUUCUUGAUACUCUUUUGUAUAGUUUCAUAUCCAAUCUUUAAUUUAAAAUUCGACGUAGUCGGCUAUUUGCUUGUACUAUACGAUAUUCAUAUAACGAUUUUUACCAAUUACACUUAAUAACGUUAUUCUUAUAGCUUUGUAUAGCUUUAUAAUUUUAUCUACAAGUACUUUCUUAUCAUUUUUAUCAACAAUUGGUGUUGGAAUGAUUGAUUGAUCUAGUAUUCUUAUACUUUUAUGGUUUUAAUCGCCAAAACGGUUGUGUUCAAUUUUAUCAGUAGUUUUUAGAUUAACUAAAGUACAAAAUGGAAAUGCCAAAUUUUUACCAAUCUUUUUUUACAUUGUUAGGAAUAAUUUUUAAGUUUAUAUCGAUUUUAUUUUGUUCUUUUCAACGGAGAUACCUGCAGCAAUAUAGUUUAGCUUUUAUAUUUUCGGAAGUUUAAAAUAAAUUAUUUCACUUAAUUGAAAUAAUUGUAUCUCGUUGGAAAGAAAGGCUUAGUUGUAUACCUAAUCAUUUACGAGGAACGUGUCGAUUUUAUUCCAUUGCUUAAAAUUUUCUCACAUAUCGUAAUUUUACUAUUCAUACAAGCUCACUUACUAUCUACAAACAAAGUGAUUAAUUAGUUUAUGAAAUAAUAAUAAACCAGCAUUUAGGAUGUACGUUACUCCUUAGGAAUAAUGUCAUACCCAAUAAAUUUAGAAUUAACUUAAAAAUGUUUAAGCAAAACUCAUGUA